GCGCCACAAAGCAAGAGUUAAAAGAUUGGCUGACCCAAUGGGGGACCCCUAAAAAGAUUUAUAUAGAAAUCAUCCUGUCUGUUGCCCCAUAUUUAAAACUCGGUCCAAAAUUCUAAUCAAACUCACUUCCAAAACACAAUUGGCAUAUCUUUGGCUCCUUAUGGAGUGCAUGGGGCCAGAGUGUGGGAGCUCCUUUCUUUCCCCAUGCAAAAAUGACGGAUUCAGCCUGCUUUCUUCCUUUUUUUUCUUUUCCCCUGUUGCUCAAAUAAAUAGUGUUCUUUGCUCAAACCUCCUUCCCCUCCUCCUUCUGCAAUCUCAGCCCUAGCCCAAAUCUGUUUUCUUCAUUGUAACCUCAGCUUCACCGCAAUUAAUUUUUUUUCCCCUCUGGUCACAAGAUAAUUCCUGACGCCAGUGAGUCUGGAGGUCAGACGAACAGCAAAUUGGGGAACAAGGCGGCACUAAUUCCUUACAAGUUUCCCUUGAAAAAUCCUUUGCUUUAAAAAAAAAAAAGAAAGAAAGAAAGAAAGAAAGAAAAAAAAGCUUCUUUGCUGUUCAGGGAUUUAUGACCUCAGAGGAGCUGUGGGUUCGAACUAGUGUUGGGCUGUGGGUGGACUGGCAGGGGACAGGGGAGCUCAAAGAUCUGGGGCGCUGCCAGGAAAGGGCAAAUUCUUAAAGUUAAUGGUUUUAAGUGAUUUUUAAAAUCCUUGCUGGCCAAGAGGCCUGCCUCUCCCCAGUAUCAGCGCUUCCUCAUUCUUUGAAUCCGCGGCUCCGCGGUAUUCGGCGUCAGACCAGCCGGAGGAAGCCUGUUUGCAAUUUAACCGGGUUGUGAACGCCCAGGGUUGGCGGAGGCGGGGCCGAGGCGCACGCUUUGCAUAAAGGGGCGUGCCUUCGAGGCAGGCUCUAUAAGUAGGGCCGCGGCUAGCGUGCGCGCGUUACCAGCUGCUGUUGGGGGUUCUUUCGCUCUCUUCGUCCUUUCGGCACCUCCAGUCUCAUUCCUCAGAAUGAAGGCGCUGAGCCCGGUGCGCGGCUGCUACGAGGCGGUGUGCUGCCUGUCGGAACGCAGCCUGGCCAUCGCGCGCGGGCGCGGCAAGGGUCCGGCAGCCGAGGAGCCGCUGAGCCUGUUAGACGACAUGAACCACUGCUACUCGCGCUUGCGGGAACUGGUCCCCGGAGUCCCGCGAGGCACUCAGCUUAGCCAGGUGGAAAUCCUGCAGCGCGUCAUCGACUAUAUCCUCGACCUGCAGGUGGUUCUGGCCGAGCCCGCCCCUGGACCCCCAGACGGCCCGCAUCUUCCCAUCCAGACAGCCGAGCUCGCUCCGGAACUUGUGAUUUCCAACGACAAGAGGAGCUUCUGCCACUGACCUGGCAGUCCUGGCGCCUCCAGAACGCAGGUGCUGGCGCCCGUUCCGCCUGGGACCCCGGGACCCUCUACGGCCGGAAGCCCGAGGGCAUGGAUGGGCCCCAACCUCGCCCUGCCCACUUGACUUCCCCAAACCCCUGCCUCGAGGCUGGACCUGGCGCCCGGGAACGAAGGACUGUGAACUUGGGUGGCCUAAAGAGCCAGAGCUAGCUCUGGGCACCAGCUGGGCAACGUCUCCCAGCCCCCACCCCACCCCCAAGUUUUAAAGACUGUCUUUCACAGUGUGGAGGUUGUGGGGGGAGUGGCUGCUCUCCAAAGUCUGCCAAGGCAGCAGUAGAGCUGGUCUUCUGGUCUCCUUGGAGAAAGGCUCUGUUGCCCUGAUUAUGAACUCUAUAAUAGAGUAUAUAGCUUUUGUACCUUUUUUGCAGGAAGGUGACUUUCUGUAACCAUGCAAUGUAUAUUAAACUUUUUAUAAAAGUUAACAUUUUGCAUAAUAAACGGUUUUUAAACACUUGA